UUUGGAUUGGAAUUAUGUGCGCUUUGGUCGAAUUCAUGGACUUUAGGGGUGCGGUGUUAACUAGAGAAGGAAAUAACAGAUGAUGAACUAGGGUUUCGAAUUUAGGGAUUUGAAUAUAGGAAAUGAAGUUGUUGGAUGGUGUAAAUGGUGGAUUAACUGUUGCAGUCUACUGAUGUGGGAUUUUUUUUGAUGUUUCAGGAUUCAGUACAGUUCUAAUUUUGUGGUUAUUUUGUAGGGAUACCCAAUGCAUUGAAUGUGAUUUCCAAUUUCCCCUUCUUAGUCAUUGGAUUAAUUGGGCUUGUACUCUGUUAUUAUAGGAACUAUUUCAAACUGAGUUUGCAAGGAGAGCGUUGGGGCUGGACAUGUUUUUACAUAGGUGUGGCAGCUGUUGCUUUUGGAUCAGCUUACUAUCAUCUCGACCCCAAUGAUGAUCGCCUGGUGUGGGACCGUCUUCCAAUGACUGUUGCCUUCACCUCCAUCAUUGCUAUCUUUAUUAUUGAGAGGGUGGAUGAGAGAAAGGGAACGGUGUCUAUUAUUCCAUUGAUUUUGGCUGGUGUGAUUAGUAUAUUGUAUUGGAGAUUUUUUGACGAUCUUCGUCCUUAUGCGGUUAUUCAGUUUGUUCCCUGUAUAGCGAUUCCUUUAAUGGCUAUAUUGAUGCCUCCAAUGUAUACACACUCGGUAUAUUGGUUAUGGGCAGCUGCAUUUUAUCUCAUAGCUAAAAUUGAGGAAGCAGCAGAUAAACCAAUUUAUAGGUGGACUCAUCAUGUUGUUAGUGGGCAUACACUCAAGCAUUUAUGUGCUGCAAUGGUUCCUGUCUUCUUGACCCUUAUGCUUGCAAAGAGGGAAAUUGAAACAGAGAGGAAAAGUUUGCUGCAUAUAUGGAGAACAAGUAGGGCUAAAGUUAAAGGCAAUGGCGCUGAAUUGGAGAGUUCUGAAUGCACCUAUCUAAACAUUCCUGUUGAGGACUGACUUUCUCUUACUUGCUCAGCGACAAUCACUUACGUCGUCAGAAAUUAUUACACUGGUGGGGCCAACCUCGAUACCAUCCGUGGUGUGUGUAACUGCAGCAUGGUCAGUUUAGUAUACCUCACAUACGUUGUAGAGACAGAGCACAACGUAUAUACUAUAUUGGGUGCUCGUACAUAUUACAGCAACUUUAGCCAGUUUGGAAUUGUGGGUUUCGUGCUGUUAUUACAUUUCAUAUUUUACAUAGAAUUGCGCACAAACUUUUUUCCCUGAGAUGUAUUGAUAUGAAAAAUAAGUUUUUUUUAACCGUUCUAUGAACUUAAAUUGUUCUGCGAGGGUUAAAAUUUUGGUUGAAACUCUCGGACAAGGUAUUCUUUAUACUUGGUAUGUGUGAAUGAUGCUCUUAUUCUUGGCUGAAUUUUCAAUCACAAUAAGAGCAUUUCCAAUAG